UUUAUUAAUUUUCUCUCUUUCUUCCUCUCACCCUUUUUACGAUCCAUUUCUCUGAGAAUCACUCAUCCUCCAUUCUUCUCUCUCUCCCUCGCUGAAAUCUUCUUCUUCCUUCACAAUUCAUUUGUUCAAUUCACUAUCUCUUUCUUCUUCUCUUUCGCAACCUUCAAUCUAUCUCAUCCUCAUGAAAAAAAUUGAUUGUCUUCAGUUAUUUCUUCAAUGUUGUAACUUUUCUGAACCCUAAUUUCAAUUUUUUUCUCCUUUAGCUCUGUGAUACAUGAUUUCGAUUCGCCAUGGUUCAAUAACAAUCCUCUCAUGCGAAGGUAAUUCAUAUGUUCUAUGUUAUUAACUUUUUAAUUUUGUUUAGAAAUUUUGAUUAAUGUUCACUGCUUCUGAUCCUGUUGUUGGAAUGUUUUUGUUUACAAAUGAGAACUCUGUUUUGCACAUGGGAGGAAGAUGCGAUUUCUGGCAUUGAUGAUGGUGGUCAUGCUUUAAUGACUGCUCAUAUUUGACAACAUAGAUAAUGGAAGCUUAAAGGAGCAUCUGAAUGACCCCUUGAAGACUCCCUUAAAUUGGAGGACGAGAUUGCAGAUAGCUAAUGGUGUUGUGGCUGCACUGUGAAUCAAUCAUCAUCCCUUUUCUCUCUACUACUUACUACCACCAUGGAGAAACGGUGCGAACCCGAUACCUUCAUCGAUUCAAUCAAAAGAAAAAGAAAAAUACAGAAACAAUGGGUUUACGAAGACGGCAAAAUAGUUCACCGCAAAAUCUCGUACGUCCCUGGUCUCUACAACAUCUUCGACAUAAUCCUCGUUCACGCUGCUGAUAAAAAACGGCGAGAUCCAAGCAUGAACCGGUUGAGAGUAAAAAUUGAUACUAAGAUGAAUGAGAUUUCUGUUUACCACAACGGUGCUCCAUUAAUAGGCGAUGAAACAUUUGAUGAUGUAAUAAACAAUUUUGAUCUCACGAAUAGUUACUCGACUUGUUUUUGGGUUGAGCUUGCUGAUGAAUGUGGGAUUUCGAGACAGGAGUUCAGUAAUAAUAUGGAUGUUAAGUUUGAGCGAGUGGUAUGCAAAGUUGAUGACUACUCGACCAUGGUGACCUUUAAGCCUGACUUAACCAAGUUUGAAAUGACCUGUCUUGAAGAGGACGUUGUAGCUUUGAUGAAAAAGCGUGUGCUGGACAUGGCAGGGUGCCUUGGUGAUACUGUUACGGUUGAACUAAUCAGCGAAGUGAUUCCAUUCAACUCUUUCAAAGGUUAUGCUGAUUUCUUCUUGAAUUGUGCUCAGGAGUCCACACCCUUUCCCCUGCCAAGGACUCAUGCCAAACUAAGUGAUAGCUUGGAGAUUUGCCUGAGUCUAAGUGACGGGAAGUUUCAACAGGUCAGCUUUGUUAACUCCAUUGCUACAAUUAAGGGUGGGACUCAUGUUGAUUACAUCACCAAGCAAAUUACUACCUAUAUAAAGAAGGAAGUAUUGAAGAUGAAGGAGCAUGUCAAUGUGAAUGCUGACACUGUGAAGAAUCGUUUGUGGGUUUUUGUCAAUGCUCGGAUUGACAACCCUACCUUUCAUUCUCAAACCAAAGAGAUGUUAACCACUAAACCAGCUAGAUUGGGUUUGAAUUCAAGGCUGACUCAUGGUCAAAAAUCUGAAAUUGCGAAAACCCUCCUACCACGGAUACGGAUAUGUUUGAAACGAACACAUGUGGAAACGCAUGUGGAAGCCAUGUUGGCUGGCGGAUCCGAGCGUGGCAAAUGUACCUUGAUUUUGACACAUGGAGAAUUUGCCUUUGCUAUGGCCGGGGUCUCUGCUUGGUUGGAUCCAGACCUCUAUGGUGUGUUUCCAUUGAGCAGCAAAUUGCUCAAUGUGAGGGACAGUAGAAAGCUAUUAAAAAAGAAAGAAAUUCAGAUUCUGAUGACCAUUCUUGGACUUGUGCGAAACAAGAAAUACAGUGAUGCAGAAUCUUUGAGAUAUGGCCGGUUGAUGAUUAUGGCCAAUCAGGAUGAAGAUGGCGCUUACUUAAAAGGACUAUUGAUAAACUUCAUUUAUUCAUUCUGGCCAUCACUACUUAAAGUUUCAAAAUUCAUGUCUGUGUUUACCAUUCCUAUUAUAAAGGCUUCUAAUUCAAAGGAGGGGAAGGAGUUAUCAUUUGAUUCUAUGCAGCAAUAUGAAGACUGGGAAAAAGAUUUGGGUAACACCUCAACUGAUGAUUGGGAGAUAGAGUACUGUAAGGGCUUUACUGCUGCGCAGGAAGUGAAAGAGUACUUUCAAGAUCUUGGUGAGCGCAGGGCAUAUUUUGUUUGGGAUGAUGAUGAUGAACAAGAUGGAACUUCAACUUCAAUUGAGCUGGCAUUCAGUAAAAAAGCUGAGGAAUGGAAAGCUUGGGUUUGUAACUCUCAGAUGAUGCAGCCUGGCACUUGUAAUUAUGAAAGCAAAAGUAUAAAGUACAGGGAUUUUGUUAACAAAGAACUUCUGUUCUUCUCAAUGAAAAAUCUCCAAAGGUUCAUUCCGUCUAUGGUAGAUGGCCUUACACUUGGUCAAAGGAAGACUCUUUUCUGCUCCUUUAAGAUGAAAUUGACCAAACCAACAGAAGUUUUCCGAUUAACUACUUAUGUGGCUCUACAUUCUUUUUUUCACGAUGAUGAACAAAGUAUUGCUAGCACAAUUAUUGGAAUGGCACAGGAUUUUGUGGGCAGCAACAACAUCAAUCUUCUCAUACCUUAUGGUCAAUUUGGCACUCGUGAGCUGGGUGGUAAAGACCAUGCAAGUUUCAGAAAGUUAUGCAUUAAGCUAAAUUGCGUUACUCGUCUCCUCUUCCCUGUGGAUGAUGAUAAGCUUCUUGAAUACUUGAAUGAGGAUGGGAAGUCCGUUGAACCAAACUGCUUGUCACCACACAGGUACAUACCAAUUAUUCCUCUCGUGCUUGUUAAUGGUUGCCAUGCCAUGGGGACAUGUUUUAGUUCUGAUAUUCCCAAAUAUCAUCCAUGUGAAAUUAUUGAGAAUGUAAGACGUUUCUUGAAUAAAGAGGUAAUGGUGCCAAUGAAACCAUGGUACAGAGGGUUCAGAGGAACCAUUAAGAAAAGUGCCAAGGGCUAUACAGUCAAUGGUUUAGUGGAGAGAAUAAAUGAACAAACUGUCAGAAUCGAAGAGCUUCCUAUUCGAAUGUGGACUGAAGAUUAUAAGAAGUUCCUUGAAAAAAAAACUGCUCAGGCGCACAUUGAGAGUUUUAGGCAAAUAGGGGUUUAUGAAAUGGUAGACUUUAAAGUCAAGAUGAAGCCGGAAAAAAUAGCUACAACAGAGGACGAAGAUAAAGAAGAGUUACGCAGGAAGUUUAACCUGACGUGCACUAUUAGCACAAGCAACAUGUAUCUUUUUGAUGCAGAGGGAAAAAUUAUGAAAUAUAACUCCCCAGAACAAAUUCUUGAAGAGUUCUGUAGACUUCGGCAGGAGUAUUAUGUGAAGAGAAAGGAAUAUCUAGUGAAGAACUUUAAACAACUUUUGCGGAGUUUAAAAAUGAAACAAACUUUUAUAACCAAUGUUGUUUAUGCGUCAUGCCGGAUCUACCGAAGAGCUGAAUUUUUGACUGAGAUUCUGAAGAAAGUUAAAUCUUCAGAACCACAAGUUGCAGGUGCAAUUGAUUACGGUUCAGAAGAGCAGAAAGCUGAUGAGCAGGAAACUGUAGCGACAUUGGGUGACUAUAAGUAUCUUUCAUCCUUGCCUCUUGAAAGUUUCACCCGCGAAAGCCUUGUGAAGCUGGAAGCUGAACUUGGUGAAAAGAAAAAGGAGCUUAAGACUUUGAAGGAUACCUCACCAGAUUCAAUGUGGUUAAACGAUCUCAUGUUGUUUGAAAAGGAAUUUGAUAAACUACAGAAAAUUCAGACAGAAAAGGAUCGAAACAGAUCAAGCAUGUUGAAGAAAAAGAAUGAUUUUGCAAUUGAUGCAAAAAAGCUGUCACAACCACGAAAUAAUCAGAAGGAAGCUGAUGAUGAUAUUCCAUCUCUUGCAUGUCACUUUGAAUCAUCAUCUGGUGAAAAGAUACGAGGUACUUUUUUUGGGGACUUAGUUCAAGAGAAGGCUACCCCAGCUAAGGAGGGGCCUACAAAGGCAGCUACCACUUCCAAAAGAAAAAAUGUUCAGCCAGCUGAAAGUGCAGGUUUAUCACCCAAUAGGAAGAAAGUGAGAAUGACGAGGGAGUCGCCAAUUAACAAGAGAAGUGGUUCUAUACUGGACAGGGCUGGUAACUUGGAUUUAAGUUUAAAUACAGAUUUAUUCGAUGACUCUACUAAUGAUUCUUAUAUGAGCGACAAUUCUGAUGAUGAGCAACGGUGGACGAGGGAUAUUAGCGACAGUGAUUCUGAUGGCCAAUGAUUCUGAUGAUGAGCAUCUGAGUGGUUUUAUGCAUUAGCAAAAAGAGGCUGUGCUAUUGUUAUGUAAAAAUUUGAUCAGUGUCUUGCCGAGUUUCAUUUUAACUUGAUGACUGAAUGAGUUUGCAUGCAUUCAUGAAACGGAUUUACGACUCCUAACCGUAUUUUUUUCUAUUCCUUGAAUUGAAUUGUUCACAAUUUAGUUUUUGUAUAAAUUGAGGAUUACUUAUUUCUUAUGA